GUCUUUUCAUCAGCGGGACGCGCGUGGGUUCAGCCCUCCCCUUUAGGCGACUGGAUUUUCGACUGUCGGUUCAUUUCCGAAGCCGGUGAGGCGCACGAGCGCGAGCGAUCCUCCAGCGCCAUGGCUCGUUACUACUGAAGUGGAGGCGCGAGAGCUCUGAGGCGCGAGCGAUGGAGAGGCGUCAUUUCGGUUGACUGACAGAUCCAUUGUCUAGCAGUCACAAUGAUAGCGACAGGCGGGCUCCUGAGGAUCUCCCGGCGGCAGGAUUCGCUGCGCACCAAAAACCGGGCGGAGAACAAGCGAAGAAGGAAAGCCAGGAAGAAGAUGAAGAACAAUGUGGUGGUGGUGAAGGGCAAGCUGAAGCUGUUUUCUGUAUCUGGCCUGGUUGCAGCAGUCGGAGUGGUCAUCUUAAUGGUGGGAAUAUCAAUGGCGGUCCUCGGAUACUGGCCCAAAGAAACCUCAGCUUACCCAAAAGUCUUUCCAAGAGAGAAGCAGCCAAUGAAACAGGCAACUGUUGCCAAAAAAAUCCUUCGGCCAGGAUCAAACUUCACGAGCAAUACAAAGCUUUGGAUGAAGCUGCACUGGAAUAGCAGCGACGGUAUGAUUAAUGCUACCAAGCCUAAUUUCCGGCCUGUUGGAUUUUUUGAGGGUAUUUUCUCCACUUAUCUGUACUCCGACAACCUCAAAGUGUUUGGACCACUGGUCAUGGGUAUUGGCAUCUUCCUUUUUAUUUGCGCCAAUGCCGUGCUCCAUGAGAACCGUGACAAGAAGACCAAAAUCAUUGACCUGAGGGACAUAUACUCAACGGUUAUAGACAUCCAUAGCUUGCGCUCAAAAGGCCAUGCCCCUCUUAACGGGCUGUUGGGAUGCACACAGUCCAAGGAAGGAGAUCUUUCCUCAACCACAUAUAAGACAGCCAUGCCUUCAAGAGGCUCGUGGCCUUCGACUGUCUCAUGUAAAGAAAAGGAUUACAGCAGAUCAUCAUUCGCCAGAAAGUUUAGCUGGUGUAGAGAAAGGCAGUCACUUACUGAGACAAUCUACACCAUUUACAGAGAUCAGAACAGGUUUAAAGAGCCAGCACCUGCUCCCAAGGAGUGGGAGACGCGCUCUAUAGUCUCUUCAUCAGUUAAUGCAUUCACAUUACCUGUGAUUAAACUCAACAACCAUGAAAUGGAGGCGAGAGAAGUGCGUGAGGGAGAGCAUGCCACGCCGUGCAGUCUGACAGACAAACUGCAGCCAGAGUGCCAGGGCUCUGGAUGCUCUGAAGAACUUCUCAGCACUGCCAUACAAACCAAAGCUGAAGUAUUGAGGGCAGGUUUGUCGGUAUCUCGGGAUUCCAAGCUCUCAGGUGACAUAUCCAGUAUAUGCCAGCAACAGCUGCAGCUUCCCAAUUCUGGGUUCAGGAUCCUGGGCUCCCACCUGUCCCUGAAUGCCCUUUCUGACCUGGGCACUGCACGGCAUGAAGAAAGGUCACGCAGAUUCAGCUGCCCGAGGCUGGACCGCUUGGGUAGUAAGGGCUAUAUAAAACUGGCAGCAUUAGGAGGAGACUCAUUUGAAGCUCCAGAUGGGGCACCAGAAACAGGUGUAGAGGGACCAGAACAGACAGGAACACAGAGUUAUGUUAUGAAUACACAUAUAUCCCCCAAUAACUCCCUCACACAGCUGCACACAGAACCUACCAUAUCGAACUCUCAUCCAACCGAUGUAGACGUGGACCCAAAGGCAAAUCUCCAACAGGGAGAGCAAGUCUGAGCAAGUCUGAACAAGCCUAUAUGCUCAGGCAUUUAAGUAAGAUGUAGUCAUUAACUGCUUAGUAGGGUUCUUCUGUGGGCAGUUUACUUAGUUUGUAGCUUAAAUAAGAUUUUGUGCUGAACACAACACUCAUAAAAAUUAGAUAUACGUAUUUAAAAAAAAAAAAAGAAAAAAAGACCAGAGGUACAAUCCAACUUUUGAGGACACCAUCACUCACUUUUGUGCAGUAUUUAGAUGAAGUCCAAGAGUAGAAAAUGAGUUGUUCUUGUGCCUUCCACUGAUCUGUUAGGCUUAUAUGCUGUUCUUGUCCUGCAUUGUGUCACUUGUUAAGUAACUAUCCUUGUAAUAAUUAUUGAACAAUUGUGUUAUUGAUGUGUUUUCUCCAGAUUCACCAACACAAAUGACUUUUUCGGUUAAAAAAAUCAAAGACCUCUUUUCAGUUGUCAGUCAAAGCUGCCGUAUUUGUAAAAGAAACACCAUCUUGCUUUGCAUAUCCAUCAACAGAAUAUUAUUAUGCAACUUCAUGAACUAUGUUUCAUUGUACCCGGAUAUUGUUGUGCAAUCAAACAGCAAUAACUGCUAGAGAUGAAUUCUCAGGUUUUACCCUGGCUGGAAAAUGACGAAGGCCAUAAAUGAAGUGAUGUUUUUUUUUUUUUCCUAUAGACUAUUUUGUGGUUGAAUGUAUGUCAAGUUCAUGCACAAUUGUUACUGGUCAAGAGUCAAUAAAUUACAUAA